CUCGUUUGUGUUUUCAUUGCGGUGGGUGGCGUCUGUUUUGCCAACCGUGUCACAACAAUCUGUUUUCAUCCGUAAUUUUCCGUGUUUUCACGCCCGAUUUCUGCAAGACCGCGCCACAAAGUACCGCAAUCAUGUCGGCGCCACCGAAAUUCCCCGGCACCGGCCUGGAAGAGGUCAACGUUCCGGGCCAGGCGUAUCUGCGUGACGCAUUGUCCUGUUGCGACGAUCCGCUGAAGGCGAUCGAAAACUUCCAGCUGGAGAACGGGAUUCUGCUGCCGUCGUUGCGUCCGAUGUUGCCCCUGUUGGAUCUGCACGGCGUGCGGCGGUUGGAUUUCCAUACGAGCGUGCUGGAGGAGCUGCGGGACAAGUUGAUUGCGCAUAUUAAUGAGCUCGGGGCGAAGGAGGGUCGCGAGAGGGAUCGGAAGCUGAAGGAGCUGCUGGUGAAGAGCUUUCCGGUGGUGCGCGUGAAGGCGUUGCGGCCGGUGGUGAUGUGCAUCCUGCGGAACACGGCGCAUAUUGACGAUAAGUAUUUGCGGAUUUUGGUGCGCGAUCGGGAGCUGUACCAGGACACGGACACCGAGGUGAAGCGGCAGAUUUGGCGGGAUAAUCAGUCGCUGUUUGGGGACGAGGUGUCGCCGUUGUUGUCGCAGUAUAUUCGGGAGAAGGAGCACAUUUUGUUUGAUCACUUGAAUUUGAACAAUUUGUUCUUUACGCCUACGCCGAAGGUUCGGCGGCAGGGAGAAGUGGUGCAGAAGUUGGCCCACAUGAUCGGGAACAGCGUCAAGUUGUACGAUAUGGUGUUGCAGUUUUUGAGGACACUGUUUUUGCGAACGAGGAACGUUCACUAUUGUACGCUGAGGGCGGAACUGCUGAUGGCGUUGCACGAUUUGGAAGUGCAGGACAUCAUUUCGGUAGACCCGUGCCACAAGUUUACGUGGUGUUUGGACGCGUGCAUCCGCGAGAAGAACGUGGACAUCAAGCGGUCCCGGGAGUUGCAGGGUUUCUUGGACAACAUCAAACGCGGCCAGGAGCAGGUUCUUGGAGAUCUUUCAAUGACACUGUGUGAUCCGUACGCGAUCAACUUCCUGGCGACAUCGGCGAUUAAAAUUCUUCAACAUCUCAUCAACAACGAAGGACUGCCACGAGAGAACACGAUUCUCAUCCUGCUGCUGCGAAUGUUGGCCCUCGGACUGUCCGCGUGGAUCAUGAUCGAUUCGCAGGACUUUAAAGAGCCCAAGCUGGACAGUCAGGUGGUGACCAAGUUUCUCCCCGCGCUGAUGUCCCUCAUGGUGGACGACCAGGUGCGCAAUUUGCACGCCAAACUGCCGCCGGAUGAGCGCGAAAGUGCCAUCACCACCAUCGAGCACUCCGGACCGGCACCGGAUGCCGUCGAAGCGUACAUCCAGGAAAGCUCGGUCGCCUCGAUCCUCGCCAUGUACUACACACUGCACACCGCCCGACAAAAGGACCGCGUCGGCAUUCUUCGCGUGAUGGCCAUCCUGGCUUCCUGCAAGGACGACCGUGCCUACGAAGAUCCGUUCCUGCACUCGCUGAUCGCCCUCAUCAUCCCGAUGUCGGACGAGUUCGGCAACGAAGACUUUUGCACGGGGCUGUUUGACGAGUUUCUGUUCGCCGGGCUCACCCGGGACAACGUCACGAGGCACAUGCUCAAACUGCUCUGGUACGUGCACCAGAAGCUGCCCCAGCGCCACGGCCGGCUGCAAACGUUGAUGAAGGCACUCCAGCCGAACGCGCAGCACCACGAAAACGUACACAAACUGUACGAGAGUCUGCAAAAGCGCGUAAUGGUCGCCCACGCCCAGGAACCGGUCCCGGAGCCGAUGGAGACGGACUUUGAUUCGCCGCUGAAGAGCGUGCCCACGCCCGGGCCGCAUUAUGUUUAGGAUUCGGUUAGUAGCGAUGUAAUGUCUAGGAAAUAAAUGCUUUCUUCAAAAUCAG